UCACACUUCUUGGUCACCUUUACGAAUUUUUUUAUUUUACUCUUCCUGUGCAGAAAAAAUACAUUAACUCAAAUGGCAUCGAAUAAUCAAUUCGUGACAUUUAAUAAUGGUGAAAAGUAUCCAAUUUUAGGACUUGGAACAUGGAAGUCAAAACCAGGCGUAGUGGAAGAAGCUGUUAGAGUUGCGAUCGACACGGGUUACAGGCACUUUGAUUGUGCAAUGUUUUACGGAAACGAACAAGAAAUAGGAAAUGCCAUUAAACAGAAAAUCGACGAAGGCGUGGUAGCUCGGGAGGAUUUGUACAUAACUAGUAAAUUGUGGAAUAUCUUCCAUCAACCCGAAAUUGUUGAAACAGUGUUGAAAAAAACUUUAUCGGAUUUACAAGUUGAAUACUUGGAUUUAUACUUAAUUCACUGGCCUAUGGCUUUUAAAGAAGGUGGAUUAAAUGAUGAUUUUAUUCCCAAAGACGACGAUGGUGCCACCAUAGAAGGUAACGGCUCGUACAUAGAAACAUGGAAAGCAAUGGAACAAUUGGUAGAGAACGGCCUCGUCCGAUCAAUUGGUGUGUCGAACUUUAACAAAAGACAAAUAGAAGACAUAUUGAGCGUCGCUACAGUGAAGCCGGUUAACAAUCAAGUUGAAUGUCAUCCAUAUUUAAACCAAAAUCAGUUAAAGAAAUAUUGUGAAGAACAAGGUAUCGUGCUAACGGCGUACAGUCCACUCGGAAGUCCGGAUAACCCUUGGAAAAAACCAGAAGACCAUUCUCUUUUAGAAGACCCGAAGAUCAUAGAAAUCGCUGACAAGUACAGUAAAAGUGCUGCUCAAGUUAUAAUAAAAUAUCAAAUUCAAAGGGGCGUUAUGGUGAUCCCGAAAUCUGUGACCAAAAAUCGGAUCGAGUCAAACUUCGACGUGUGGGAUUUUGAACUCGAACAAGAAGAUAUGGAUCAGAUUGAUAUUUACGAUUGCGGUGCCCGUUUUGUGCAUAUGAAAGGGAACAUGCAUUUUAAGGAUUAUCCAUUUAACGACGAAUACUGAAUUAUAAUAUGUUAUAAAUUAUUAGUAUAUUACUAUGUGUAAUACUG